AUCUGAACACUUCAUAAGUGGACUCUGAAAGAACCUUUCUUUUUCUCUCCUAUCGAGUUGUUUGCAUCCACCACCCGCGUAAAUCUGAGUCGAAGAAGCCGAAGCAGAGCUUUCGAAAAGCUGGCUUAGAGUCGGAAGCCGCUCAUGGUUGAGCUAAGACACUCGAGCAGCUCGCUCGGGAGCCGAGCCGCUUCUUCUCCAAUGAAACGCGACGAGGACGCCUCUCCUCUGAUCCACGAUCAAUUCUCUCCACACGCCGAGGAUCACCCUCGCCAUUCUUCAAGAGAUCGUGACCGUUCGUUUUGGUGGCAAAUCCACUCUUUUUUCCCUUCCUUUAAGGAUGAUCCUAGGUUUUCUCAACGCGGCUCCAGGAUCUCUCUUUUCGUGCUCAUGCUUGUCGCCAUUGCCGGAUUAAUCUCCAUUUUCUCGAUCUUGCAGCGAUUAAAUUCCCCGUAUUUAUGUAAAAAGGAUGGCAUUGUUCUGCAUUGUCCGCGUGUUAAGGAGAAGCCUUCACUUUGGGAGAAUCCUUUCACUGCAACUACUUCAUGGAAGCCUUGUGCUGAGCGUCGCGAAGGUGGAAUAUCAGAGCUUCCUCCCGAGAAUGAAACAAGUGGUUAUCUAUUCAUUCAUGCUGAGGGUGGUCUAAAUCAGCAAAGAAUUGCGAUAUGUAAUGCAGUGGCUGUGGCCAAAAUUUUGAAUGCCACUCUCAUCUUGCCAGUGCUGAAGCAGGACCAGAUUUGGAAAGACCAAACGAAAUUUGAAGACAUUUUUGAUGUUGAUCAUUUCAUUGACUACUUAAAGGAUGACGUGCGAAUUGUUCGUGACAUACCUGAGUGGUUUACUGACAAAUCAGAAUUGUUUACCAGUAUAAGACGGACUGUGAAGAACAUUCCAAAAUAUGCUCCAGCACAAUUUUACAUUGACAAUGUGCUGCCUCGGAUCAAAGAGAAGAAGAUAAUGUCCCUAAAACCUUUUGUUGAUAGACUUGGGUAUGAUAAUGUCCCUCCAGAAAUCAACAGGUUAAGAUGCAGGGUCAAUUAUCAUGCUCUUAAAUUUCUUCCUGAGGUAGAGGAAAUGUCAGAUUUGUUGGUCUCAAGAAUGAGGAACCGCACAGGAAGUCCAAAUCCUUACAUGGCUUUACAUCUUAGGUUUGAGAAAGGGAUGGUGGGCCUAUCAUUCUGUGAUUUUGUUGGAACUAGGGAGGAGAAAGCUAGAAUGGCAGAAUACAGACAAAAAGAAUGGCCUCGACGGUAUAAGAAUGGAACCCAUCUCUGGCAGCUGGCUCUGCAGAAGAGGAAAGAAGGUAGGUGCCCUCUAGAACCUGGGGAAGUGGCGGUUAUUCUUCGAGCAAUGGGCUAUCCGAAAGAAACACAGAUUUAUGUUGCUUCUGGCCAGGUUUAUGGUGGUCAGAAUCGGAUGGCACCCUUAAGGAACAUGUUCCCAAAUCUGGUUACCAAGGAAGAGUUAGCAAGUAAGGAGGAGUUGGCUGUUUUCAGGAAGCAUGUAACAAGCUUGGCAGCACUUGAUUUCUUGGUGUGCCUGAAGUCUGAUGUGUUCGUAAUGACACAUGGUGGCAACUUUGCCAAAUUGAUAAUCGGAGCAAGAAGGUACAUGGGUCACCGUCAAAAAUCCAUUAAACCAGACAAGGGGCUUAUGUCUAAAUCUUUUGGGGAUCCUUAUAUGGGCUGGGCAAAUUUUGUCGAGGACGUGGUUGUCACCCACCAGACACGAACCGGAUUGCCAGAAGAGACCUUCCCGAACUAUGAUCUUUGGGAGAACCCCCUGACUCCUUGCAUGUGUAACUAAAGCCUGAUAACAUAGGUAUUUCUUUUCGGUUUCACUAUAUUUUUCAGGAUUAUCACCGAGACGAAACUGCAUAUCUAUCUGCAUUUGGAAUAAAUGAAAAUUCUUUUACUUUCAAGCUACAAGGGAAAAAUAAAGAAUAAAAUUGUUUGGCCGGAAAAGAGGAGUGCCGACAGAGACGAUGGUUGGCCUAAUCGUAUCAGAGCAGGGAUUCAUUAUUGACCCUGUAAGGGCUGCCGCUACCACCGGGACGCCCAGCAUUAGCAGUUUUGCUUUAGCCUCCAAAACUAAAAACUAGAAGAUUGAUUUUUGAACAUAUAUUUUCACCUUCCUUUUUAUCUAUUGUCUUUGAUUUGUACCUUCUGAGCAUCAGGAUGCAGUACGUGUAAAAUAUUAUUGAAACUACCUAACUAGUUUCUGACCAUCCAAUUUACUU